AUGGCGAGAGACACUCGGUUCUGGACGACGUCCUCGUCCCAUGGUCCCAUCCACUCAAGUCUCACCUUCACUGUAGAGAGCGGCAUCCUGUCCAACUUAGACGCGACGAGUGAAUGUCGCUUACGUCCGGGCGACGCCCUCCAUGGCACUUACCGUAUCACGACAGAGCUUGCCAUGGGCGGCCGCUGGGUCGAGGUGUCCCUCCAAGGCCACGAGUCCGUCUUGAUCCGGCGCGCCAUAUCAUCGCGCGAUAGCGUGUAUCGCGACCAGUUCGGCGCAGAAAGAGUUGAGUCUAGUCUACACUCCUACGUCCUUUUUCUUGACGACGGCUACGCCGUGGAAGAUGGUCAACGAGUCUACACGGCCUCUUUUGUGCUUGUGGUCCCCGCUGGACUCGACCGGACCAGCGACCGGGCGCAAGACGAAUGUAAGCCGCUGCCGCCAUCCUUCCACAUCCAGCGCUCGGCUUUUCGAACCUGGAGCCCGACCGUACCACCCAACGUCUUCAUAUCGUACUCGUUGCGGGCCUCUGUGGCGUACUGCUUUCCUUCCGGAGAUGACUCGCCGGAUGCCACAAAAUCUGCCGAGAUUGUCUACCCAGUGACCUGCCUCCCCUAUAUCGAGGCCCAGCCACCUAUCGAAACGAGUUGUUUCCCGGAUGAGUACGUCCUCUCUGCUAGCCAGACCGCCUGGAGGUGGCUCCUUGGACAGAAUCUAGGGCGUAUCACGUUCAAGGUGCGAGAGCCACCGCCCCUUAUCUACGAUAACUCUGAGCAGCUCUCGACGACGCACUUCACCAUGUGGAUCACAUUCAAUGGCCACCCGUCCCAUCUUCAUCGCCUGCGCGCAGGGUCCAUCAAGGUCGACCCGGUGCUUCAGACCAGGACGUAUUACAGCGGUACGAAACUGACGGUUAACCCGGGAAGGGAGUCCGUGCAGGCGUCCGGCCGGAUCCAGCUCCACACGAAUGUGAUCCAGCUCGACGUGCAGAGCUUCUCGUCAUUGCAGUGGAGCACAAGAGACGUACGUAGAGGGAGCACGGUGACCGCCGCUCCUGCCACGACCGCCGAAGAGGAGGGUCCGCCAUGGUGUGUAGCUGUCAAUAUUCCCAUCAAGCCACCACUGAAGCUGCCACCGAGCUUCUGCAGCGACUAUGCGGCCUCGUCGUACGCCAUCAUCGCCAAGGUAUCCAUCAGCGGUGUCCACGCCAAGCCGUCGUAUGUCAUGUUUCCACUGCAGGUCGCCUACCCGAGCUCCGCGCAGAAGGCCCCCGUGUCAGUGCGCAGAGCAGCGGACAGUCGGGGACUCACGCCGCCACUGUUCUUGUCGUCGCCCGAGGACAACGUGUGCUGCACCGCCGUGGACGCAGACGUACAGCAUGAGAAUGACCUGCUGCCGCCCCUGUAUGCAGCGUGA